AUGGGUGAAAGAAAUUUACUCUUCGGUGGGUUUUUUGUUCCGAAAAUGACCCAUUCUGCUGAGAGUCUGAAGUAUGCUGUAGAAUUUCAGGUUCACGACGAUGACAUUUUUGCCGUUACUUACCCAAAGUCCGGCACAACUUGGAUGCAAGAGAUUCUGCCCCCGAUUCUAAAUGGCGGGGACCUGACACCAGUACAGACCAUCCCAAGCUGGGAUCGAAUUCCCUGGCUGGGGCCGACCCGCACUGCCCUGGUUCUGGGCGACUGCCCCCCUCCUCGGGCCAUGGUCUCCCACAUGCCCUACCACUGCAUGCCCCGCUCUUUCUACACCUCCAAGGCCAAGGUGAUCUACGUCACCCGGAACCCCAAAGACGUUGCCGUUUCAUCCUUUCAUUUCCACGGGAUGGCUAGCUACUUUGAUGAUCCUGGAACCUUUGACCAGUUCCUGGACAAAUUUCUCUCUGGACAGGUAGUGUUUGGCAAGUGGACAGAUCAUGUGAAAAGCUGGAGAAACACAGAUAUUGAAGGCAGAAUCCUCUAUAUGACCUAUGAAGAAAUGGUGCAGGACCUGAGGGCAGCCGUGCUUAGGAUGGCUCAGUUCCUGGGCCGAGAGCUGAGUCCUGACGUCCUGGAGAAGGUGGCCAAUCAUUCCCAGUUUAACAACAUGAAGACCAACAUCAUGUCGAACUACUCCCUGGUGCCACAGGACAUCAUGGACAGCAGCAAGUCUCCGUUCUUGCGGAAAGGAACCACAGGAGACUGGAGAAACCAUUUCAAUGCUGAUCAGGAAGCCAGGUUCUCUGCCAUUAUAAAAAAAGAGAUGGAAGGAACCAGUUUUAAAUUUCUAUGGGAUGACGAGUGA